AUGUCGCAGAAUCCGCCCCCAUUGCCCCCGGGGUGGACGCAGCACACCGCUCCCACGGGCCAUGCCUACUUCUACCAUGCCCAGUCUGGUACCUCUACAUACACCCACCCGGCCCUUGCACAGGCCGUCCCUCUCCGCGAGGCCCCUGCAAUACGCCAGGACGGCCAGCUUCCCAAGCCUCGCAAGGAGAAACCUCGACGCAAGGAUCCCAUACCCGGUGCUGAAGGCUGGCUGCGCGUGAUCACCAACCUCGACAACGUCUUCUACUUUCACACCGAGUCUAGACGCUCGCUAUGGACCGUGCCGGACGAAAUCAAGGAGCAGGUGGCCGCAAUGCAGCGGGCAGAAACCGACGCACCUGCGGCCGCUGAUCCACCUGCUCCGGAGGCUCGUAGCCCCACGCAGAUGGAUACCCAGUCGGUCGGUGGUUCAGCAUCAGGCACAGAUGCUAAGCGUAAAGCAGAAGAGGGCGUGCCUCUGACCACCUUUGAAGCUCCCGCCGGUGCCAAACGCGCUCGUGUCGACUCUGCAAGCGAGGUGGACGUCGCCGAGUCUCUGGACGGACAGAGCGAAGGUGACGCGGAUGACGAGGGCGACGAAGCAUGGCAAAGGGCCAUGGCCGCCGAGAUGGCCGCCGAGGCUGAGCUGCUCGAGGACCCACAUCCGCCGCCGCAGGCUUCGCCUCCCGCCGAGCCUCCGGCAGCCGGCCCGGACAGCGCGACAGCUCAGGGCUCUGGGGCGGACUCGGCAUCUUCAGCGCCGUCGCAGCGGCCCAACCACGGCCCCUUUAUCCCACCACCGUCAAUCGAGCUCUCACAAGACGAGGCCAAGGCGCUUUUCAUGCGCAUGCUCACUUCGCUCAAUGACACUCCCAACGAGGUCAAUCCGAUGGCGCCGUGGGACAAGGAACUUCCAAAGUUUGUGCAUCAGCCGGCCUAUUCUAUCUUGCCACAGCUCAGGGAUCGUCAGGACGCCUUCAACGAGUGGUGCAAGCUAAGGAUCCGCGAGAAACGUGCGGUCAAGGUGGCCGGCAAUAAAGCAGCCUCUUCCAACGCCGCAGCAACACCCGAGGCUAUGUCAGACGGGCGCGCCUCGGAAAGCUCUCUCGGAUCUCACGCGCUCGAACAGUAUCGUCAGCUGCUCGAAUCGGAGGUCAAGUCGACCCGGACGAGGUUCGACGACUUUCGCAAGGCCUGGAGGAAGGAUCGAAGGUUCUUCGAGUUUGGUCGGGAUGAUCGAGAGAGGGAGAGGGCCUUCAAAUCCUGGCUGCAGGAGUUAGGCGAACGCAAGCGCAAAGCCGCACUCGCCGCCGAAGCCGACUUUCUCGACCUUCUUUCCUCAAAGCUAUCCACCUCUCUCGCCGCCGACCUAAAGACGGCCGUCCGAAGCAACAAUGGCAACGAAACGGAGGCCGUCGCGGCUCUCUGGCGCGAUGCCAAGAGGACACCAGACCUGGACACCGACUCCCGCUACGAUGCCGUCGGGAGUUCCACGCGCCGUGCUGAACUGUUCGCCGAAUGGCUCAAAGGCCGUCGCCGCGCUGCCGGCGAGCCGCAUGACGAGGCUAGAGGAUCGUUGAAAGUACAAGACAAGCAGCAGUCAAAGCAAGAAAGCACGCGACAGGCUCUCCGUGAGAGGGAGAACAAGGUCAGGAGGGAAAGGGCUGCCGUCGAGGCUCGCAACCGGGCCGCGUACGGUGCUGCCACUCGGGGCGACAGCCACCUGCAGUUCCAGCAGCUCCUCCUCGAUGCGAUCCGAGAUGCGACCGAUGAGCCUCUGUCUUCCCCAUCUAUCCAGGGAAAGCUUUCCGGCGAUCCACGAUUCGAGGCUCCCGGCCUGUCGCGCCGCGACAAGGAUGGCUUGUACCAAGAGCACCUUCAGCGGCUCCGACGGAAGCGCCGCGCCGCCCUGAGGGAUGUCUUCAAGACGCAUGCCCCGGAACUGGACGCCGAACGGGACGACGUGCUGGCGAGGGUCAAGGAGGACGUACGCAUGGGCGGUGCAUCUCUGAGCACCUUUCUCGGCGAUGAGGCUGCCCUAGCCGACGAGUACGGCAAGUGGAUCAAGGAUCGCGAGGCGACGGCCCGCCAAGAUUUCUUUGACAUGCUCAAAGAGUCCGCCUUCGUGGAGUUCUGGGGACGCAUGCGUAAAGAGGCUCUGGCAAAGUCCACUGACGACAACGUCGGACAUGGUCGCGGCGACGACAUCAAUGACGAAGGCGAGGAAGAAGAAGCGACCCUGAUCGACAUGGCGAGAAAGGUGGAUCUGAACGAAAUUGAGGCAGUCCUGCGGAACGAUCAAAGGUACAGAAUGUGGAGGCACCUUCCGCACAAGAGGGAAGAAUGGAUCCGGGAACAUCUGGCCGCACUUGCCAGGCCGAAGAGGAGCGUCUAUGAACGCGACGACUGA